AUGGAAGGAGAGACUCUUAUGAACGGAGCAAGGAUCAACUCUAGGAUUCUUGAGAAGAUUCAGGCUCUUGUGAAGAAUAGCGAAGGGGGAGAUUUCAGAUGCGUGGGUUCUACAAGUUUGUCCAAUGGGAGCAAGGAAGUAUAUAUCAAGAAAGAGAGAGGGGAUCGGAGACAAGGAGCCAACCUUAACGUCUGGAGGAUCAGCCAUCGUGUGCUGGUGUUUGGACAGUGCUGGGAUAACUCCACAGAGAGCAUAACACGAAGAAACAACACCGGAGAGCUUAUUGAAUUUCUUAACACCAAUUACAAAGACAGAUUCAUGGUUUGGAGUCUUGGAGAAAGCCUCAAGAAAUACCCUAAUGUCCAGAAGAUACCGUCUCUUGACUUCGAUCUUGGACUUGCCUACAGAAUAUCGUGUGCUGUAAGAUGCUGGUUGGAAUUUAAUCCAAACAACAUAGCUGCAUUUGAGACUCAAAAUGGAGAUGAAGACAAACUAAGGUUUCUGGUAGGAUGUGUUUUAAGGUAUUGUGAGCUUGCAGACCGAACGGAGCUGAUCUGGGAGAAAUGUCUUGAAGGUGCUUUUGCAUCAUCUCUAUCCAACAUCAAUACGGUUAAAAGAUACAUCAAGUAUUUUGACUCGGCAAGCACUCUAAAGGGAGAAUUGGCUCACACUGUUAUCUUGAGGCAGCUGAUAGUAACCACCAUUCCCUCAGCGUCUACUAAGAGUUUCCUAAUUGGAAUGAAGAUAAUGAAAAAAGGGGAAGAAUUGUGUGCAAUCAAGGAGGGAGAUGAUGAUAGGGUCUAUCGAGACAAGGAUUAUGCAGUGUUUAGUGGGGUGGACUGCGACAUAUCCGAAGACAUACAGGUUUUUCUGUACUACUACCUUGAAGAGGAAGAAAAAAGAAUGGUUCUUCUGAGAAUCAACACUCUUUUCUAUCGCCAGGGCUUGUACAGGUUUGCUCUUGACGAUGUGGAGUGCUUUUUGCCAGAGAAUAGGUUUGAUAAGGAAUUUACAAUUGAUCUUGUGAUGAUUGAGUCAGGGAAGGCUGUGCAGAAGCCACAGUGUAUCCAUAAGGUUGAUCUUAUUCAGGGACUCCGUUUACUAAACGAGGGUUUCUGGGGAGAACCUGACCGGGAGAUUUACGAAAGACUUGUCUCCGAAGGCCAGAAUGAAAUAGUAGCAAAGUUCUGUGCAUUUAUGAGAUAUUUUUCAGAGAAGACCUCGGAGCUCGUCAGAACUCUAGAAGCAAAAGGCUUCAGAGCUAGUAUCCUUGAAGCCAAGACUCUCAAGCAUGCAGACAUAGUUUUUGAGAACAAGGAGAAGUGCUGGGGGAAGCACAGGGAUGCAGAGGUGGAAGAGAUUUCCGGUGAAGGCGUCUGUGGAGGAGUAGGCAUCGACCGGAAGGCUCUGUACACCAUGGAGAAUGGGAACCCAAAACCAUUAGAGCUUAUAGGGUCAUUUUCUAGAGUGGAGAACAGAUAUAAGGUAAAGCCAAAGAAGAUUGUUGUAAAGAAGAGACAGGCUGAAAAAUGCGAUGCACAACCAAACGUUGUCAUAAAGAAGCCCUUUCAUUGGAUUCCAUUGUCAAGGGCUGAGGAAACAAUAUUCAGUGAGACUUCUGGGAUCAGUACUGACAUCGAUUACGAGAAGUUUGAAGAGAUAUUCUGCGAGCCAUUCUCGGAGCAGAAGAAAACGAGCAAAGAAACCAAAAGGAGCAUAAUAGAGGAAAGUAGACUAUUUCUGGCAUCCCUCUCACUGAAGCACCUUGAGCUUCGGAACAUAACUCCGGAGAAUGUGUAUUCUAUACUCAAAACACCCGACAAUCCUCUUGGGCUUCAGGACCUGCUGAACAUUGAAAAGAUGUACCCUGGGCAGGAAGAGGUGAUGGAUCUGAUAUCCACACCCCCCGAAUCCCUUGGAAAGGUUGAGAAAGCCAUGCUGGAGUUUUCGAAGCUUCUAGAUGUCCGUAAGCUUGUUGAGAUAUUGAUUUUUGAAAGAAGGUUUUUCGAUGAAAUAUUUCUUAUAGAAAAAACUCUUCUCGGGCUACUAGAGGUAUGCAACAGGAUCUUGGAUAGCCAAAGCCUAAGGAUCGUCCUCCGGACUAUUCUUGAGAUUGGAAACACAAUGAAUUUCAGAUAUUCUAUUAGCAGGAAAAAGGCAAACGGAUUCAAGCUUUCCAGCUUAUAUGUAUUUAGCAAUUACAGAGGGAAGAACAACACAUCUCUCUUUCCGUUUCUGUUCCAUGUACUGGAGGCCAAUGGCGUUAGAGUAGAACAUCUGCUUGAAGAGCUUUCUCCUCUCCAUGAUCUGAAAAACGAAGAGCUACCAAAGAUACGUGAAAAGAUUAACCAUUUCAUAGAGAUAUAUACAGAGAAGUUAGGCCUUCUGAACCUGCUGGAAGAAGAUGCCAAGAAAGAAUAUGCAAAGUUCUUCAGAUUCGCAUAUAGUAAACUUGAGGAGAUGAGCUGCAGCUUUAAAAAAUUUCAUCUCCAUUCUAGUAUGGUGAAGCGCAAGUUUGGAGAGGAAGAAACGAAAAGCUUGAGAGAGAUAUUGACGACACUGUCUGAUUUCCUAAAUAGCACGAAACAAGAACUUGGAAGAUAUAGAAAGACCCAGAACCGAAGCUUCUGCCCUAAAGCAACUUAG